AUGUCCACAAAAGCCAUGCUCCCGGCCGCUCGUCCUUUGACCUUCCCGGCAAACAACACCGUUGAUCAAUACCCUCUGCCGGCCGACAUUAUCGGAACCAUGAGGGGGACUGGUCACCUUGGUCCAAAACCUCAAUCCCUCAUGGAGCAUCAGUGCGGCUGGCAGGAGAACCACGGUGAAAUCUGUCGUGCGUGCCUUGCAAAGUCGACGGCAAACCGUGGUAUUGAUAUGGAGCAAGAGACCACGCGCUUGCUCCAGACAGAACGCCUGUCAAACGCGACUCGCAGGCUCCUCCAGGCAAACCUGCAUCACUGGAGUGCAAUCAAGGCUGAGAGCUUCUACUAUGAUCACUCUGAUGCAGAAGCCCAAGGCCUUUGUCACCACCAGGCCAACGAGUCCGCGCACGCCACGCCGGAAUCUGGUCAACAGGUAGAGCAAAAGCAAGAGCUAGAGCCGCAGGAGGAAGAGGAAGAAGAGGAAGACGAGGAAGAGGAGGAAGACGAGGAAGACGAGGAAGACGAGGAAGUGGACAAUGAUCGCGUAAGCAAUUCAGACUUCUCCGCGGGCGACGAGUUCUUCCGCUACUCCGACUCCAACGACUCCGACGACGACAACGAAGAUCUCUCCUCCUUGGCAACGCGAGGAGCCGUCGCCGUCCGCUCACGUCGUCAGGUCUCACGACAGGCCGCAGUUGCCGUCGCUUCUCGUCCUCCGCCCGCACCUCGUCAGGCCUCGCAACAGGGUCCACGUCAGCCUUUGCGACAGGGUCCAGCGGCCGUCGCUCCUCCUCCUCCUCAGCCCUCCGCGCCAGCAACUCGACAACGGGAAGACACGACCAAAGGCCAAACUCCUGCCGUCGCCUCUCGCGGAUCGAUGUCAACUUCUUUGGCUUCCUCUUCCUCUUUCUCUUCUUCUUGA